AUGGAAGACGAUUUCGAUAUGCAGCUUCCGGCAGAGGAGCCAGAAGAGAUGGAUUUGGAUCUCGCUGACGAUGCCGAAUCAGCUCCUUACCUGAAGAUCGGCGAGGAGAAGGAGAUCGGGAAAUCAGGAUUGAAGAAGAAGCUCGUCAAGGAAGGUGAAAAAUGGGACACGCCCGAGAACGGAGACGAAGUUGAAGUACAUUACACGGGAACUUUGUUAGACGGGACCAAGUUCGAUUCGAGCCGUGACAGAGGAACUCCCUUCAAAUUUACCCUCGGCCAAGGGCAUGUGAUCAAAGGCUGGGACAUAGGGAUCAAGACGAUGAAGAAAGGCGAGAACGCCAUUUUCACCAUCCCUCCCGAGCUGGCGUAUGGCGAAACCGGCUCGCCGCCAACAAUUCCUCCGAACGCAACUCUUCAGUUUGAUGUAGAGCUGUUGUCGUGGAAGAGCGUGAAGGAUAUAUGUGGUGAUGGUGGGCUGUUCAAGACUAUAGUCGUGGAAGGAGAGAAAUGGGAGAAGCCAAAAGAUCUUGAUGAAGUUUAUGUCAAAUAUGAAGCUCGGCUUGAGGAUGGCACCAUUGUUGGAAAGUCUGAUGGUGCAGAGUUCACAGUCAAGGAGGGACAUUUCUGCCCUGCGCUUGCUAAGGCUGUCAAAACCAUGAAAAGAGGGGAGAAGGUUCUGUUAACUGUGAAGCCACAAUAUGGUUUUGGAGAAAUUGGUAGACCGGCAGCUGAUGGUCUUCAAGCUGCGAUCCCACCAAAUACGAGCAUUUUUAUCGAGCUUGAGUUGGUUUCUUGGAAGACUGUGGUGGAAGUAACCGAUGACAAGAAGGUCAUCAAGAAGAUACUCAAGGAAGGAGAAGGAUAUGAGCGUCCCAAUGAAGGAUCAGUUGUCAAAUUGAAGUUGAUUGGUAAACUUCAAGAUGGAACUGUGUUCUUGAAAAAGGGUCAUGGAGAAGUUGAGGAGCCAUUCGAGUUCAAGACUGAUGAAGAGCAAGUAAUUGAAGGGCUCGAAAGAGGUGUGAUGGACAUGAAGAAGGGUGAGGUGGCGCUCAUCACCGUUUUACCGGAAUAUGCUUUUGGUUCCUCUGAAUCAAAGCAGGAGCUGGCUGUAAUACCGCCAAACUCAACUGUAUGCUACGAGGUCGAGAUGGUAUCCUUCAUCAAGGAGAAAGAGUCUUGGGACAUGAACAUACAGGAAAAGAUAGAAGCUGCUGGCAAGAAGAAGGAAGAGGGGAAUGCGCUGUUUAAGGCUGGAAAAUACGCAAGAGCUUCAAAGAGAUACGAGAGGGGUGUGAAGUACAUAGAAUAUGACUCGACUUUUGAUGAAGAGGAGAAAAAGAAAGUAAAAGCUCUGAAAAUUGCAUGUAACCUUAACAAUGCAGCUUGCAAGCUGAAAAUGAAAGAUUACAAGGAAGCAGCGAAAUUGUCCACAAAGGUUUUGGAGAUGGAUAGUCGGAACGUGAAGGCUAUGUACAGGAGAGCACAAGCAUACAUGGAGACGGCUGAUCUUGAUUUGGCUGAGCUUGAUAUCAAGAAGGCUCUUGAAAUCGAUCCUUACAACAAGGAGGUGAAGAUGGAAUAUAAGAAACUGAAGGAGAAGAUGAAAGAGUACAAUAAGAAAGACGCUCAGUUUUACAGCAAAAUGCUGGGGAAAAUGCUUGAGCCACAUAAAGAAGCUCAGAAGGAAGCACAAGCGAUGAGUAUUGACGCCAAGGCAUGA